GACCGCGUUUUGAGUGUUGGAAGAAAGAUCUCAAGGUGCCUCCUUAUCCAGUAUAUCUCUAUCGUCUUCAAUCGAAGAGACUGGCAGAGUACGCAGUGUAGUGAGAAAUAGCGAAGCGAGCAGGUAGUGUAGUUCUAAGUUCUAAUAGUGGGUAAUGGCACUACUUCGGCAUCUAUGCUUUCCAUCGACGACCUCGUUUCUAACACCUCAACCACUCCAGAAACCUCUACAUUCUAUUCUCUCUUUCUCUUCUUCUUUCUCUCCUCUCUCUCACGCCCUUCCACUCCGAACCACAAGAAGAAUCAACCUCUUCCACGUCUCUGCUUCAGCCCAAACUCAAUCGCCUCCUCCUGCUUCUCCUUCUACUGCUGUUACCGUUGACACCCCACAGAAUGACGAAGAAGAAGAAUUUUCUCGAACAAGGUUGAUAGCACAGAACAUCCCCUGGACUUGCACUGCCCAAGAUAUCCGGUCUCUGUUCGAGAAGUACGGCACCGUGUUAGACGUUGAGCUUUCGAUGCAUAACAAAACCAGAAACAGGGGUCUGGCGUUCAUCUCAAUGGGCUCACCCGAGGAGGCUCUUGCGGCUCUCUCCAAUCUCGAAUCGUAUGAAUUAGAAGGCCGUGCUAUAAAGGUUAAUUAUGCCAACCCCCAAAAGAAGAAACCUUCUUCUCCUAUACAACACAAGCCAGUGACACCAUACAACCUUUUUAUAGCAAAUUUGCCAUACCAGGCAAGGGCUAAAGAUCUUAGGGAGUUCUUUAGUUCUGGAAACUGUAAUGUUGUCUCUGCAGAAGUUAUUUUUCAUGAAAAUCCUAGACGAUCCUCUGGGUAUGGAUUUGUUUCUUUUGGUUCCAAGGAAGAGGCAGACACCGCACUUUCUUCUUUCCAGGGACAGAUGUUUAUGGGAAGGCCACUUCGAGUUGCUCGUAGUAGAAGAUUUGUGAAACGAGAAAAUAAAAUGAGUGACCAGACUGAAGAUGUAGCAAACCCAUUGAACUCCAAUUCUGAGCAAUCAGGAGAAGGUGAUGACAUCUGAGGAUAUUCCUUGCAAAUAGCGAGGUCUCAUCUGUUGCAGUCAAGCAGGUUCAGGUGUACCCUUAUGCAGCAUUCAGAUCCCGAUGUGCCCAGGGGCUACCAGCUACCACUGAUGCUUGCUGAUAUCCUUGUCUGUUUGCAUAUCAUAUCUUCAAACCAUCCGCGUUUCGCCACAUCAAGGACAGCUGCUUCACUCCUCAAUAUCCCCUGUCCUCGUCAAAAAAUUUGCUGGGCAGCUGAAACAUUAAGAAAUAAGAGAAUGUACACAUCGGGAAGUCACUUGUUUGAUUUCAAAUGGUUUCUAGAAGGUAAUAUAACUCAAGGGAGUCGUCUCACCUGCGUCUUGGGUGAACAAGGUGAUGGUGGACCAACCGAAUACGUGGUGGCCAGUGAAGAGUGUUGUUGGUAAUCACAGUAGAGGGUGAGAUGAGGUGGGAGCAGUUGGCAGAACCCAAUGGGCCCUAACUGCUCCAACCAAACCCACAUGAAAAGUACACACAACUUUGUUGCUUUUUGUGGGUCUGGUAUCUGGUGGGAGUGGGACUCCCACGCUUGAUUUGGGUAAAUCAUACAACCUUUUAUCACUGAAAAGUAUCAUUUCUAUCACGACUUUUGGGUCAUUGGUUUGGUGGAAGUUUUGGAUCAGAUUGGGACUAGCCAUCCUCCUCCGAGAAUAGGAAUUCCAGUCAUCAGUGGAACGGAUGUUGGAGACUUGGUGCUGAAACGUGGUCUAUUACUGGGUUAAUAGAGUUGGUGGCUUUAAAUAAAAGCAAUUAUUCAUGUGCCU